UGAAAAUGGAUUUAAGUGAUUAGUAAACCUGUAGCAGAAUGGACACUUAUUUUACAGACAAGCAGGCAGAAAGAUUUUAAUUUGGGUGAAAGUCCUGAAUUAGGAGAUAAAGCCAUUUAAGCACCAUGUCUUCUGUAAAGGUAGCAGUGAGGGUGCGGCCCUUCAACAGCCGCGAAAUGAACCUCAACUCAGAGCUUAUCAUAAAAAUGAAGGACAAAACAACUACCAUAACCAAUCCCAAAGCAGGUCCCAAAGAUGUCAAAAUUCGCAACUUCAACUUUGACCACUCAUAUUGGUCACACACAAAUACAGAAGAUCCAAACUUUGCCACCCAGAAGCAGGUGUAUGAGGAAAUUGGGGUGGAGAUGUUGGAUCACACAUUUGAGGGGUACAAUGUAUGUAUAUUUGCCUAUGGACAAACAGGGUCAGGGAAAAGUUACACAAUGAUGGGCAAGAGUGAACCGGGACAGCAAGGAAUCAUUCCACAGCUUUGUGAGGAUUUGUUUGAAAGAAUAAAAGCAGCAAAAUGUGAUGAUGUGCAGUUCUCUGUAGAAGUGAGUUACAUGGAAAUUUACUGUGAGAGAGUGCGAGAUCUCCUCAAUCCUGGUCACAACAAAGCUUUACGUGUGAGGGAGCACCCCUUAUUGGGCCCCUAUGUGGAAGACUUAUCAAAGCUAGCUGUGCAGUCAUUUGAUGACAUAAAUAACCUCAUAGAUGAAGGAAAUAAAGCUAGAACUGUAGCUGCUACAAAUAUGAAUGAGACGAGUAGCAGAUCUCAUGCAGUUUUCACCAUUAUUUUCACACAGCGUCGUAGAGAUGAUACGACUAACAUGGUCGGAGAAAAAGUUAGUAAAGUGAGUUUAGUAGAUUUGGCAGGAAGUGAGCGAGCAGACUCAACUGGAGCCAAAGGCACUCGACUGAAGGAAGGAGCUAAUAUUAACAAGUCGCUGACAACCCUUGGAAAAGUUAUCUCAGCUCUUGCUGAAUUGAGUGCAAUGGACCUUAAAGCCAACAAGAAGAAGAAGAAAGCAGACUUUAUACCCUACAGAGAUUCUGUGUUGACUUGGCUACUCAGGGAAAACUUAGGAGGAAAUUCCAAAACUUGCAUGAUAGCUGCUUUGUCACCAGCUGAUGUUAACUAUGAUGAAACUCUAAGCACUCUAAGGUACGCAGACAGAGCUAAACAGAUCAUGUGUAAAGCUGUUGUCAAUGAAGAUCCAAAUGCUAAACUGAUCCGAGAACUUAAAGAAGAAGUCUCCAAACUGAGGGAAAUCCUGCUGACAGAGGGCAUUCAGAUUGGAGAAGGACUUGAAGGACUUCCAGACCCAAAAGUAAUUACAAGAUCCAGGAAAGAUUCCUUGACAAUGGAUGAUGGAGAAAAUGCCAUAGAACGUCUUCAGAUGUCAGAAAAACUUAUAGCUGAACUUAAUGAAUCUUGGGAAGAAAAGCUUCGUAGAACAGAGGCUAUUAGAAAAGAAAGGGAGGCAACUUUAGCAGAAAUGGGUGUGGCUCUAAAGGAAGAUGGAGGAACUAUUGGUGUCUUCUCCCCAAAGAAGUCACCUCAUUUGGUUAACUUAAAUGAAGACCCACUGAUGUCAGAGUGUCUGAUCUACUACAUCAAAGAAGGAUCUACAAGGGUUGGACUGAAGGAUGCAGCACAGAACAAUGACAUUCAGCUGAGUGGAUCGAAUAUUGCUGAGGAACACUGUAUAUUUCACAACAUUGAUGGAAAAGUGACAUUGCUUCCCAUUCAGAAUGCUGUUGUGUAUGUUAAUGGAAAACAGGUCACUGAGGAAAUGGAGCUGAAAACAGGAGCUCGUGUCAUUAUAGGCAAACAUCAUGUCUUCAGAUUCAAUCAUCCAGAUCAAGCGCGUCAGAGCAGAGCACAUCUCAUUGAUUUUGAUCAGAUCGAGUCCAUAGGAUCAACUGAACAAGAAGAUCUGAAGUCAGAGCCUGAACAAGAAGCUGAGCCUGUAGACUGGACAUUUGCACAGCUGGAGUUACUGGAGUCUCAAGGAAUAGACUUGAGGAGGGACAUGGAAGCUAGACUUCAGGGAUUAGAAGAGCAGUACAAAAAGGAAAAGGAAGAGGCAGAUCAGUUAUUUGAACAACAGAGAAAGGAUUAUGAGACUAGAAUACAAAACCUUCAAGAGGAAGUGAUGCGGCAUUCAAUGAUGUCAAGUUUUGCUGCCACAGAGACUGAAACAAUUGAAGAGGAGGAAGAAGAGUGCACAUGGACUGAAAAAGAGAAGCAGGUGGCUGCCUGGGCUUUCAGGAAGUGGAAGUAUCACCAGUUUACGUCACUCCGAGAUGAUCUCUGGGGCAAUGCCAUCUUUCUCAAGGAAGCUAAUGCAAUAAGUGUUGAAUUAAACAAAAAGGUACAGUUCCAGUUUGUACUGCUGACUGACACUCUAUACUCCCCCCUUCCCCCUGAACUCUUCCACCCUGGGGAGAGGGACGAUGACCGCCCCUUCCCAAGGACUGUAGUGGCUGUAGAGGUCCAGGAUACUAAGAAUGGGGCCACACACUACUGGAGUCUAGAGAAACUGAGACACAGAUUGGAGCUCAUGCGAGAUAUUUACAAUGAGGAUCUCUCACCCGGCACACCAGAGGCCAAACAGAAUUUCUUCCAAUGUUUCACAGGCUGUGGGCCAUCACAAAACUACUUUAACUUCAUUAAUCUAAUUCCCUCCAGGCAGAGGCUGGAGUUGAUGAGACAGAUGUAUCACAACGAGGCAGAGUUAUCUCCCACUUCACCAGAACCAAAUAUUGACACAAUGAGUGGAGGUGAUCCAUUCUAUGACAGAUUUCCAUGGUUUAGACUUGUGGGAAGAGCCUUUGUUUACUUAAGUAACCUGUACUAUCCCGUACCUCUGGUACACAGAGUCACAAUUGUGAGUGAAAAGGGAGAAGUCAAAGGAUAUCUCCGAGUUGCUGUUCAGGCAAUCACAGAAAAAGAAGAAACACCUGACUACACACCAGGAAUCAGGCAGUCAGGAAAUGCCAAAAUUGCUUUCAAUGACAAUGACUACUUCAAAAAGAAGCAGCAGUACAGUGAUUUAUCCUCGCAGACAGCACCAUCUACAGAGAACCUCAGAUAUGUAGAAGGUGAAGGUCCAAGUCCAGAUAACUCUAUCAAUACUUCUGAGCCAUAUAUCUGUGAGCAGAAGAUGAAGCCAGUGGAUCUGUUCCCAGAUAUAGAUGAGAAAGAACUGCCUGGACACCUUAAGGUUGACUCACAGUUCCAGUUCAGGGUCACAAUCCUAGAGGCUUCUGGGAUAGCCUCAGAAUAUGCUGACAUCUUCUGCCAGUUCAACUUCCUACACAGACAUGAUGAAGCUUUUUCAACAGAACCUCUUAAAAAUGGUGGGAAGAGUCAUCCUUUAGGGUUUUAUCAUGUACAGAAUUUCACAGUCUCUGUGACAAAGUCCUUCAUAGACUACAUAAAAACACAACCACUUGUGUUUGAAGUCUUUGGCCACUAUCAACAGCAUCCAUUACAUGAACAGGCCAGAGAAAUUCCUUAUAAUGUCAGACCAAGGCCCAAAUGUAAUUUCCCUCCCAUGAUUCCAGUAUCUAAGCCAGUUCCCUCACCGAAGUAUGGAGUUCUGAGUCCACCAAGAGUUAAAAAGUCACAAAAACAAGAUUUGUUAAUUGAAGUCAAGAAAGCAAACCAGGAGGGGUUUUACGAUUCUGGUCGCAGUCUGGAGUCACCUCUUUCUCCUGGUUCGAACUGUAGUCACAUACAUUCCAGAUUUGACCUACUGGUUUGGUUUGAGAUAUGUGAGCUUGCACCCAAUGGAGAGUAUGUCCCUUGUGUUGUAAGCCAUGCUGAUGAUCAGCCUUGUACUGGAUUAUUUAUGCUCCACCAGGGAAUACAGAGAAGGAUUGCUAUCACUAUAAUGCAAGAACAGAGCCCCGAAAUCGACCUCAUAUGGAAAGAUGUUAAGGAGCUUGUUGUAGGUCGUAUUCGUACAACACCAGAAUACCAUGAAGUAGACAACGAGACUUCUGUGCUGUCACUUAAUCUUUUCCCAGCCUCCUACAUACAGUAUCCAGGAGAUGAUAGAAUCUACUUUCGUUUUGAGGCUGCUUGGGAUAGCUCUCUCCAUAACUCACAUUUACUGAACAAAGUCACUGCCUCUGGGGACAGAAUUUACAUGACUCUCUCAGCCUACAUUGAGAAGGAAAACUGCCAGCAACCUGCUUGUAUUACCAAAGAUUUAAGUAUUGUUAUUCAUUCAAGAGACACAAAAAUAACUAACUCCAGGACUUUUAGGAGUUUAUUUGGAGGUAGCAAGUCUCUGGAUGCUAACCGUGUGAGCGGUAUUUACGAGUUAUUCCUGCGGCGGGCCUCAGAAUCAGGUAGUCCAGGUGCCCAGAGAAGACAGAGACGGGUGCUGGAUACAUCCUCUACUUAUGUCAGGGGAGAGGAAAACCUCAAUGGAUGGCGACCCAGGGGAGAUUCGCUUAUAUUUGACCAUCAGUGGGAGUUAGAGAAACUCACAAGGCUAGAAUUGGUGGAGAAAUCUCGUCAUGUAUUACUUUUGAGAGAGAAACUUGCUGAACAGAACAAGACAAAUGAACUAAGCAAACUAGACAAAGAAGCCUCUAAUAAGUCCGUAAAAGCCAAACAUGAUCAAGAGAAAGAGGAGAUCCUGAAUAAAACAGAGAAUUCAGAAGAAAAAUCCAUGGAGAAGUGGGAGAAAGACGAUGCUACAGAGAAGUAUGAGAGACAAGGACAAGGUGUAUACAACUUUGUAACAGAUGGAAGCAGAGAGCAGGAAUUGACAGCCAAAUGUCUGAGGCUUAUUCUGCAAGGGAAAUUACUGCUGAAUCCUCCAUCUCUAAAGCCUUCUUCCCAGAUGACUGAGUCACUGCUCAGUAAUACCACCACAGACAGUGAGGCUGAGCUGACCCCUAGUGACCAGUCUAUGAUCACAAGCAUUGCCAGUUCGUCAGCUUCAGAUUUAUGCAGACAUGCCAACCCCCCUCCUCCCAGUAUCCAGGUAUCCAAGUCUUGUGAUAGUCUGACAACCAGCACUAACUCUGAGCUCAGUGACCGUAAGUUCUCACUUCCAAUCAAACCCCCCGAAUCAAAUGCUGAUGACAACAAUUACAUUCCACUGGUGGAUGAAGUGAGGGUCAGCCCUGUUGUGUCCAGGAAAGGAUACCUUAACUUCCUGGAGGAGAAACACACUGGAUGGGUCAAGAAAUAUGUAGUUGUACGCAGACCCUAUAUAUACAUCUAUAAUUCUGAGAAGGACCCAGUUGAACGAGCCAUCAUCAACCUGGCUACAGCUCAGAUUGAAUAUAGUGAAGAUCAGCAGUCGCUGCUAAAGGUUAGGAACACUUUCUCUGUGCUGACAAAACACCGAGGAUUUCUGAUGCAAACAUUGGAUGAUAAAGAUUUCCAUGACUGGCUAUAUGCUCUGAAUCCUCUCCUGGCAGGACAAAUUAGAUCCACCUUGUCUAGGAGGAAGCUGCCAAUGAAUAUAUGAAAAGAAAAAGGCAGAAUGAAAGUACAUUCAGCAUAUGCUUUAUCAGGCAUUCAUCUCACUCACCAAAUUAUAAAAGAUAGAAUUCACAGACUGAAGGAUUAGAUCUGAAAGGAGCAGACAACUCAUGACUUUUUUUGUUGUUUUUACCCUGUUACAUAUGUAUAUGUAUAGGGAGACAGUCUUUAUUAAGAUCUUCUGAUGUAUUAUUCCCAGAAGGCUACAAUAUGGAGAGAUUUGUUAAUUAGUGUUAACAGCACUGUUGUGAUAUGAACGAGGAUAUUUGUUAUUUAUUGAAAGUAUUUUUUGUUGUCGAUGGUGUUACUUCAUUCUUUAUCUACAUAGUUCAUAAUACAUGUAUAGGUAUAUUGUUAUCAUUGUAAUAUCAUUACAUUAAACCAUCACUAUCCAACAGAACAGACAUCUAAUGACACUGGUAAAGUAGUAUAAGAAUUUGUUAACUUUUGGAGGGAAAUAUAAAGUAAAAUUUUGCUGAUUCAAAACUAGUGAAGAAUGAAAAAAGUAGAUAUAAUGAUAUGAUUUAUGUCUUUUUUGGAUGUUAUACAGCAUUCCAUGUUUUGUAGAAAUUAUUUUCAAAAUAUUUGACUUGAAAAGUAUGAGUAUGAUAUUUAUGAAAAUUAAUGUCCCAGUCUAGUAUUGACAUUUUUUACAUUGUGCCAAGAUGUGAGUCUGUCAGUAAUGCUGAUUAUUUAGUUUCGCAAUAUAAGAACAACAUUUCUAGUCAUCUCAAAUUAUGUGUUCAUUCAUUCUAUAACAUAUAGUUGCAUGUGUCUACAUGAUUUAAAAAAACAUCAGACAUUUUGCAUAUUCUCCUCUAUAUAAUCAUUAAUUCUUUCCGAGUUACAGGUUGUAGUUUAACUAAAUGUUGUUGGUAAUAUAAGCAUAACAAGUUCAUAAAUAGUACUUGUAUCAGGUAGGAUAGGUCUACUUAGCUAAAUGUUGGACUCUAAUGUGUCACUAUACUAGUCUGCAUUAACGAGAGAAAAAAUGUUUUACUUUACAAAUUGAACAGGUGCUGUAUAAAAAUUUCUGUAAAAAUUAUGCAUCAGAAUGUGAAAUACCUAUAAAAAAUCAUUUUAAUUCAAAGUUUCAUGUAUUUAAUCUAGUAUUACACAGCUUGCUUCACACUAGAUUAUUAUUAUAUUAAAGAGUCCAUAAAUGUCUCCUCUGCAGAUUUUUCUUGAGGAUAUCUGUUUUCUUUUCUGCAGUGAAAACAUGUUCUAUGGUUGCUAAUGUUUAAUAAGAAAGAAUAUAGAUAACUCUGUUUGGUAUAAAAUGGUGAAUUUAUGUUUGAUUCUGCAUUAGAAAAUUUUUUUUAAUGUGACAUCGGAGAGAAAUUUAAACAGUCAUUUUUAAAUUAAAAAAAAGGAAUUGAUUAGAAUUUUCACUUCUACUUCAUGUAAUUGACAAUCUGCAAUGAGAAUUCUCUUUUUUUUCACCUCUUGAAUUACAAGUAUUGUUAGUAGUCUAGGAUUUUAUUAAAAUCUGAAUUAGAAACAUAAUUUGACAGAUUUUAAUUGGUAGUCAUUCAUAUCAAGUGAAAGUUGUGACUUUGUUGAUUUUUUUUUUGUUCAUUUUGUUUUUUUAUAUACAUUUAAUUUAUACCCCAUAUAUCUGUGCAAUAUUUACCUUUCAGGUACAUUUAUAUUUAUUUUUAUACUUGUUUUCCAUUUGAAUGGGCAAAUGAGAAGAUAUGAACAGAGUUACAAUUAUUUUGUAGAGAACUGUUACUGUGAAACCAUUCAGAAUUCAUUGCAGCAGGUGUCUUACAAAUGACAAGAAAUAAUUGUAUUUACUAGAGAUGACAAAGGAAUCCUGGCCAUAAAUAAAGUGAAAGCAAAAGAUGCUUAGUGUAUUGGACAUGCAUAAAGCAGAUGAAUGUUGACUCUGCUGCAAUGAAAGAUAAAUGCUUUUACAUUUUACUUGCUGUUAUGUUAAGAGGUGUGGUACUCCAUGUAAGCAAAGAUGAACAAGCUGAAAAGUUUGUAGUGAAGGUUACAUUCCAAUGUAUGGAUUUGUUUAUUGAAUCCAAUUCAAAACAAAAGAUUUUAUUCAUUAUGAAGAAAAAACAUGUAUAGUUUUCCAAAGUAGAAUCUUUUUUGUAUGCAUGCAGACAUAGAAUUCCAAUCUUGAACAAAUUUAGAGCACUGAAAUCCUUUGCUAUUUCCAUUAUUUUAAUGCCUAAAUAAUGCUAUUUUAUUCAUGUAAUUUUCAUGAGGUUGUUUUAUAUCUUUGUUUUUGAAGAGAAACCAGACAAGUUGUUUAUUAGGGAUCUUUUGACAAGUAUAACACUGUAUGUGAAUUUCUUCUUCUUUUUUUUUCCAAUUUUUGGGCUUCUGUUGGUGAUGUACUAAGUAGUGCAGACAUGAAUUAGAACUGUCAAUGUUUAUACUUACAACACAAAAAUAGUUUAGCAGUGAUCAUGAAUCAGUGCAUAUACGGCUUUAAGAUAUGAACCAUUAAUCUAAGUACAUGGACAGUACCCUUGUUUGCUAAGACCUUUUUUUGUCAUUGAUUUAACACAUUAUUGAGUUUGCGUUUGUUUAGGCUGAGUAUAGUUUGGAUUGCAGUGAUGUUUGGUAAUGUUGAUCCUUGGUUGAAAUAUGUGAGAAAUUCUUGUAUGGCUUAGUUUUAGUGUUUAUUGCUUACCGAGUGGACAGACAAUGGGAAUGUAUAUUGAGAAAGAACAGAGUUCAGCAUUUCUCAGUUUUUACCGUUUUGUAUAAGAAGGCUAAUUUAUUGAGGAAUUUUGAAGCACUUUGUCAGAGAUUUGCAAAUGUGAAAGAUGAGCUUUCUUCAGCUAUACUUGCUCUGUUUUAAUGAACUAUCUUGGUCACAAUAGAAUAUUUCAGGUAUGAUUAAGUUCCUUGCAAAAAUAUAGUUAUACUAGGUGUUGUAUACAAGUAUGGAGUUGGGACAAUCAUUCUGCACUGUGCAGAUGUAAUUCUGGUCUUUUGAGAUUAGUUAGUGUUAACUGUGUAUGUUCCAGGUGUUCUUGUCUGAAUACAAUGCUCUACAAUUUCUGUUUGUUAGCUCUUUAUUUACAUACACAGUCUACAAACUCUUUUUUGCUUGUUCAUUUCAUGUAGGUGUUAAUCAAGCAGGUUUAACUUUUUUUCUCCCAUGCAGUUGAUGGGAAUAUUUAUCAGCAUGUGAGUGCGAACAUGCAUUUUCAUUAAAUAAAUAAUAAGUACAUACCUGUAUUAAUAUAUCCAUUUUACCAAGCAAAAAAAGAUAAUUGUCUUCAGUCAAAAUUAGCCCACCUGUAUUUUUUAGUUGUAUGAUUAGUAAUAUGAUCAUGUCAUAUGUGUUGCCUAUGAACUUAAUUUGUUCUAUAUAUUGAUGUAGAUGUUUAACACUUGGUGCAUUUUUUAAGGAAUCAAUUAGAGACAUUAUAUGUAAUUUUUAUGAACCAAACUCCAUAUUAGAUAUCUUUUAAUGUAUUGAAGGUUUAUGUGAAAGUAUAUACAUUUAAACAAAUAUUCUCUUUCUGUGUAUGCAUAACAAAGGGAAGCCAAAAUAUUUUUCAUAUAGGUAAAUUGUUUCAAACUGCUUGACUUCAUAUUCACACAUUCUACCCAUAAAAGUUCUUUUUUUUUCUUUUUUUUUUUUUUGAAAAGGGGGGAGGGCUCUUUGCUAGUUGACUCUUGGAUUAAGAUGACAUCUUAGAAUUAAGAUUAUCAUAUUGCUAAAAAUAUAAAUAAACUACUUAUACUUAUAAAAGUAUAUUAUUACUGUUGCUAAAUUAAACUUUAAUUAAUUUUAUAAAGGAUAACAAUUGAUAUUGGGGGGGGGGGGGGAUUAACAACGAUGAUUUGUAAUUUUUAUUGUGUCGAUCUUCAUCUAAAUAAAUUUCAGAUUUGAUAUUUUAAGAUGGAUUUUAUAUAUUUGAAAUAUGGAUAUUUGAAUUCUAUCCAAAAUCAAUCAUAUAUAGUUGCUUUCCCCCCAUAUUUUGAGUCUGUAGUAAAUUUCAGUGAGUUUUAAUGUGAAAAAAUGCUAAUAGAACUAACUUGCUGUAAUCUUCAACUUAACUAAGACUAUCAUCUUAAAGAUCAAUGUCUGAACAUCUUGUAAAUUUUCUUGUAUGUAUCAACAUAAAACAAUGUUUGCAAAUAAAAUGGAACUCUGUGGAGUAUGCUUUGAUUUGUUAUGCUUAUUGCAGUAAUAAACAACUGAUAAAUUUA